UCACUCGCCAUCACUUCCCCUCGGCAUUUUUUGUGAAUGGAGCUCAUUAUGCAUGCAGCCUCCACGCAGCUCCAUUCACAAGCAGGCGAGCGCUCCCUCCUUCUCCUGCAGGCUGCGUGGAUCAACUCAGCCUAAAUGACCACAAACGGUUAACGGAUGGAUUAUAAGAUGGAUGGAUAUUUGGACCAGCAAGUGCCUUACACUUUAGCAAAUAAGUCGCAUGGAAAUGGGCCCCUAAAUAGACUGUUGAUGGCAGCGAAAAGGAAAUACAUGGACACAGAAUUACCCCCUCAGGAAUCUGAAGACCUCUUCCAGGAUUUAAGCCAACUCCAGGAGACAUGGCUCACAGAAGCUCAGGUUCCUGACAGUGACGAGCAGUUUGUUCCUGAUUUCCAUUCUGAGAACUCGGUGGCAUUUCACAGCCCUCCAGUCACUAUCAAGAAGGAGCCGCAGAGUCCGGGCUCCGACCCCAGCCAGUCCUGUAGCCACAAGCAGAGCUUCAGCUACCCCAGCGGAGAGCAGUGCCUUUAUGCCAGUGCCUAUGAGCAGAAAAGGGCUGCAGGAGGAGCCAAGAGCUCCUGCCCAGGGACCCCCAUGUCUCCUAUGCAGCAGCAUUACUCCCCGAAACCUGCCACGGCCGGACGGCCCGACGCUGGCUACAUGAACCCUGCUGCCACCUCCCAGCCGCUGCCCAGCAACAGUUACCCCAUCAACGCCAGCUCCAGGUAUCAGGGCCCCUCAGGAGAUCCCAUGUGCCCCCAGUUCCCACCACCAGGCCAGGCCUUUCAGCGCAUGCCAUCGGCCCCAGCGGGACAUGGCAGCAGCGGAGCUGGUGGAGGCGGCGGCGGAGGGCCAGGGGGCGGAGGUGGCGGCGGCGGUGCAGGAGGUUAUCACCGGCAGCACUCCGACCCCUGCAUGCCCUACCUGCAGCAGAGCUUUAAGCAAGAAUACCUGGACCCGCUGUACGAGCGGGCGGCUCACAUGGCAGGGCCCGGGCACGGCAGCGGACCAGGACACGGGCACGGACCUCACCCUCAUCCCCACCCACAUCCACACUCGCACCCGCACCCGCACCCGCACCCACACAGGUUCCCGCCAGCCCACAUGAUGGUCAAGCAGGAGCCCACAGACUACACCUACGAACCCGAUGUGCCUGGAUGUCCCUCUAUGUACCACCACAGUGAGGGCUACCCAAACCCCCAGCACGGCAAUGAAGGCUAUCUGUUUGAAAAUGACUCCCGUGUGGUUCCAGAGAAGUUCGAAGGUGAGGUGAAGCAGGAGGGCGGAGGUGUUUUUCGUGAGGGCACGCCUUACCAGCGCCGCGGCUCCUUGCAGCUCUGGCAGUUCCUGGUGGCCCUGCUGGACGACCCGGGCAACGCCCACUUCAUCGCCUGGACCGGCCGCGGCAUGGAGUUCAAACUCAUCGAACCCGAAGAGGUUGCCAGGCUGUGGGGCAUGCAGAAGAACCGUCCAGCCAUGAACUAUGACAAGCUCAGUCGCUCUCUGCGCUAUUACUAUGAGAAGGGAAUCAUGCAGAAGGUGGCGGGGGAGCGCUAUGUUUACAAGUUUGUGUGUGAGCCAGAGGCGCUCAUCUCCCUGGCCUUCCCCGACAAUCAGCGGCCCAGCCUGAAGGCCGAGUUUGAGCGCUAUGUCAACGAGGAGGACACGGUGCCCUUGUCCCACCUGGACGAGGGCGUGCCCUACGCCACAGAACAAGCCCCCCAAAACAUGGGCCCCCAGCCCUACUCCAAAGGCUACAUGUACUAAAGCCAGCCCCCACACUCCUCCCCACCUUCAGACAUCUCCCUGUUGUACCAACCCAUCAUCAUACACACCCCGAAACCCCACGCACCUCUUGCACACGCCCACCCCAUCCAUUGUAUAUAAGGCUAUGGUGUUUUUGUUUUAAAUUAAUCUCAUUAGGGAUUUUUUGUUUUGUUUUUAAGAGCUGCAUUCCCCUCACAUCUGAGGCCUAUUCAAUCCAUAAACAUGACUGUGAUUGAAGAGAUUGCUUAAUAAAUACCCAUAAUACCCAAAA